CCGCCGGCUCGCUCAUCUCCGGUCGCAGCGCCGCUCAGGCUCGGUCCCUCUCCCUCAGCGCAGAUCUUCUGCUCCUUCCCCCACUCGCGCUCAGGCUCGGUCUCUUCCGCGCGUCGGCGGCUCCCCCUCGGCGGCGUCCAGCGACGGAGGGGCAGUCCCAGGCUCGGCGGCGGCGUCGGCGGCUCCCCCCACCUUCUCUCGCCAGUCGCCUCGCGCCCUCGCCUGCGUCCUCCGCGCACCGGCCGACGACCCUGCGUAGUUUUCUUGUCCAGAGCACAGACAAGAUGGUUAACGCAAUCAAGGGGCUGUUCAUCUCCUGUGAUAUACCUAUGGCACAGUUCAUUGUUAACCUGAACGCCUCGAUGCCACCAUCGGAGAGGUUCAUUGUGCACAUGCUUGAUCCUACCAACAUGUUUGUGCAGCCUCAUGUGGCGCACAUGAUCAGGAGUAAGAUAGGGGAGUUCAGGGAUCAAAACAGCUACGAGAAGCCACAGUGAAGGAUCUCAUUCUAUUCUACCUCGCAAUUGGCUUCGUUGCCUCCUCUUCCUCCAAAGAUGGAUGCCAUACCAUUUUCUGUGGAGCUGCAAUAGAAUUGGUGGCUGGAUGGUGUUGUCAUGUCUCACUUAUGGUGGUCUAGAAUAAUGUCUAGUCGUGUGUGUUGGGUACUAUCGGAAAAUGCAGCAUUGCAGUGGAUUGCUCUGUAUCUGGAUCGAACCUUUUUUUUUACUUUAUGGUUUGGGAUGGUGCUGAUAAACUGAAGCUACAAUUUGUUGCCCUGUCUCCUUUCAGUGACGAUAUACAGCAUCAGAUUGUCCUUGAGAUGCA